GGAAAGGCGAGAGGCCAGGAACAACAGCUGUUUGUAAUCCCAGCUAUGCUCUCAUAUACUGAGACGCGUGUAUGCAUGUGUGUGUGUGUGUGUGUGCGUGUGCAUUCUUUACAGUAUGUGGUUGUCUCUCUUUACACUACGGUGUGUUUAUGUGUUUACUGGGGAUGUCCGUGAUCACAUGAUGGAAACUAAGGCGCAGAAGUUGAGGAGGGGUUUUGGGGGGAUCCCAGUUUGGAUCUCUGGUGUUCCCCCUGACUGUCACACACGCAUAAAAGGCACCUCUCCCUUCACCACUCCAACAUGCCGUCCUUCACAUGCUUGAGCCCUCUGUGCCUCUCGGACAUACGUUAGUUCUGGAGGACAGUGAGUGAAAUGACAGCCGUGUGUUGGGGUCUGGGUGUUCUGACCGGCGGGCUGAGGAGCCGGCUUAAGACCCUAGGAUGUUUACUGAUCCAGAACUUUACCGGAGACUUUACCAGGAACUUCACCGGACACUUUACCAGGCAAAACUGGAGGCUGUUUUCUGGGGCAGGAUGGGGGUGUUUGGACCCCCAGACGGCAGAGGAUGAAAGUGUCAAUGAGAUCAACAUCACCAACCAUACGAAGGAGGGGUCAGAGAAGGGGGACCCUCGACAGUUCGAGCUCCGCAAGGUCUUAGGUCAAGGCUCUUUUGGAAAGGUGUUCCUAGUCAAGAAGACCACGGGACCUGAUGCUGGACAGCUCUAUGCCAUGAAGGUUUUGAAGAAAGCCACACUCAAAGUGCGUGACAGGAUGAGGACUAAGAUGGAGAGAGACAUUCUAGUGGAGGUUAACCAUCCCUUUAUCGUUAAACUACACUAUGCGUUCCAAACAGAAGGGAAACUCUACCUCAUCUUGGACUUCCUGCGAGGAGGAGACCUUUUCACACGGUUGUCAAAAGAGGUGAUGUUCACUGAAGAGGAUGUGAAGUUCUACUUGGCAGAGCUGGCCCUGGCCUUGGACCACCUGCACAGCCUGGGCAUCAUCUACAGAGACCUGAAACCAGAGAACAUUCUUCUAGAUGAGGAAGGACACAUCAAGCUGACUGACUUCGGCCUCAGUAAGGAGUCUAUUGACCAUGAGAACAAGGCCUAUUCCUUCUGUGGGACAGUGGAGUACAUGGCUCCGGAGGUGGUUAACAGGAGAGGUCACACCACCAGCGCUGAUUGGUGGUCCUAUGGCGUGCUCAUGUUUGAGAUGCUGACCGGAACCCUACCGUUCCAGGGAAAAGACCGCAAGGAGACCAUGACCAUGAUCCUGAAGGCCAAGUUGGGGAUGCCACAGUUUCUGAGUUCUGAAGCCCAGAGUCUCCUGAGGAACCUCUUCAAACGCAACCCGACUAACAGGCUAGGAGCUGGUCCUGAUGGAGUGGAGGAGAUCAAGAGACACCACUUCUACUGUACAAUAGACUGGAAUAAACUGUUUCGUAGAGAGCUCCACCCUCCCUUCAAACCUGCCACAGGACGACCUGAUGACACCUUCUACUUUGACCCCGAGUUCACUGCUAAAACACCCAAAGAUUCCCCAGGGGUUCCUCCCAGUGCCAACGCCCACCAGCUGUUCAGAGGAUUCAGCUUUGUAGCGAUAACAUCCGAGGAAGAGUCACAGCCCCUACAGACGUUCGUGCCGCUGCACAGAAAUGUGUCCCAGUUUUCCGACGUGUACGAAGUCAAGGAGGAAAUUGGAGUGGGCUCGUACUCCGUCUGCAAACGCUGUGUACACAAAAGCACCGGCAUGGAGUAUGCGGUCAAGAUCAUCAGUAAGGCCAAGCGAGACCCAACAGAGGAGGUUGAGAUUCUACUGAGAUACGGACAGCACCCCAAUGUAAUCACACUGAAGGACGUGUUUGACGACGGCAGGACCGUGUAUCUGGUCACAGAGCUGAUGAAGGGGGGCGAGCUGCUGGACAAGAUACUGAGACAGAAGUUCUUCUCAGAGAGAGAGGCCAGCGCUGUCCUUUACACCAUCACCAAGACGGUUGAAUACUUACACAUGCAGGGGGUGGUGCACAGGGACUUGAAGCCCAGUAACAUCCUGUACGUGGAUGAGGGUGGGAACGCCGAGUCCAUCAGGAUCUGUGACUUUGGUUUCGCCAAGCAGCUGAGAGCCGAGAACGGCCUGCUGAUGACGCCAUGCUACACCGCUAACUUCGUGGCACCGGAGGUGCUGAAGAAGCAGGGAUACGAUGCUGCCUGCGAUGUCUGGAGUCUGGGAGUUCUGCUGUAUACCAUGUUGACCGGGUUUACUCCGUUUGCCAACGGUCCAGAAGACACCCCCGAGGAGAUUCUGGCUCGGAUCGGCAGUGGCAAAUUCUCUCUGACUGGAGGUUAUUGGAACUCUGUUUCUGCAGAGGCCAAGGAGCUGGUGUCUAAGAUGUUACAUGUGGACCCUCACCAGCGUUUGACGGCCGGCCAGGUGUUGCAUCAUCCAUGGGUCACACAUCGUGACCAACUGCCAAAAUUCACACUGACCAGACAGGAUGCGCCACACCUUGUCAAGGGUGCCAUGGCUGCAACAUACUCUGCCCUCAACAGGAAUGUCCCACCCAUCCUGGACCCUGUGGGAUGUUCCACCCUGGCACAAAGAAGAGGGUUGAAGAAACUCACCUCCACUGCCCUCUGACCUUCCCAACUUCUAACCUUGGACCUCUAACCCUGCCGGAGCACUGUUCCGGUAGAUGGACAGACCUGGUCCCUCAGGUGACCUGGACAGAGCUGUGAGGCACCUGGGACUAGAGCGCUCCCAGGGUUGGAACUGAAGGCUGUAGCUCGCUCUCCCGGAAACAAGGGCAGGGACCAAAGCCUUUAGCACUAAUGGACCGGGUCUGCUGACCACUCUAACAUUGUAGCGCCUCUCCACUUUUUUGCUUUGGACAAUCAGCGUUGCCUCUAGACUCAAGGGACACAAGCCAGGAACAUGAAUGUGCUGUAUAUAAAUAAAUAUACUGUAUAUAUAGAUGUGUGCAUCUACUUCUGGAAAACAGUUGCUGCAUCAUGCAUUUUAGACCUGUGUUGUAAUAAUGAUGAACUGUAGCUCUGUGUGUGUAAAACCACAGGUAGCCUCUUCCAUGACUGCAUCAUCAGACGGGGACAGAGCUUGCGAUGUCAUCAGCAAGACCAACAUUUGUUCAGUCAGGCCCAGUGUUCGCUAUAUGCGUGGUGGUUUUGACUGAACAAAACGUUCACCCCAAAAUGGUCUUUAUCAGUUCUCCUUCAAGAGCCUUUUUAAUUAUGCUUGUUUCACAGGCGGCUGGUGACACAAUUAUUGCAGAGAACGGGUUCAUAGCAAUGGCUUGAAUAGAAUGAGUGGUUUCCAUGUGUCUGCAGACAGUCAGUCCAUUAUUAUGAGCCUCCUGUGAUUGGUUCCCAUCUGGUGGGUGGAGUUUGGUGGGUAAGCCUAUUUGAAGUCAAAUGAUUGGAUCGCAAACUCUAUCCAAACAUCCUCCGUGCUGCCAUAAUCGUCCUGUACUUUUAUCUGUUUAUUUGUUU